UUUUAACAUUUCAUUUUCUUUAAUAAGAAGUAAUUUCAAUUUAUGCAUUCCUUAUAUUCGUGAAACUGUUCCUAAUGAGUAGAAAAAUUAGAUUUCCUGGUGUUUCGUCACUCAAUACAAGCCAUUUCUUCAGAGAAUAAAUAAACAAAUUAAAUUAACACAUGUUUAAAUAGUACGAAGGUGCAAAGCAAUAAUAUUAGUUACGAUCAGUCAAAAACAGGUCUGACCAAGUCAAUGUCAUGUCGUUCCGGUUAAGGUGAUUUAUAUGAGGCAUAUUCGUUUAUUUGUGUAUGUGUGGGGUAAAUGAUGAAAACAUGUGAUAUUUUUGGUGAGAAAGAAUAGAGUUAAGUUUGUAUGUGUGAUAAUAGUAUGAGAAGUGAAUAGAAACAGACAUGGCUCGGAAAGAUAGUUCUAGUCGGAUGGAUAAUGAGACCUUCCCAUAGAAGGCAGUAGGAUUAAGCAAUAUAGGAAAAGCUUCAGCUACUUGCCUUUUUUGGAGUUGGGAAAGCCUUUUUGUAUUAUUUUGAUGUUUUUAAUAUCGAUUUGGUGGUUUUUGAAAAUAGCACAAACUGCUAUUGUCGAUUUAAUUUGGAGUCUUGCCAGUUUUACGGGAUUAUUACGCGGUUUCUUUAUGUACCUAAUUUGUAGACAAAAUUCUGUGUUGACAUAAAGGGGAUUUUCCGCUUUAUGUGGACUAAACUAUUUUGAAGGCUGUUCGUUGUUUUGUAUUAGACUUUAAUUCUGUGUUGUUUUAAGACUUUGAAGUUCUGUUAUACCGUGGUGGUGCGGUAAAACUUCAUUAUCAAUCCAUAGUAUUUCAUUCGAAUCAUUAUUUAGCAGUAAUAUGUCUCAUUUUAUCGCACUUUUAAUAAUUUUCGUAGAAAAAUCAUUAAGUUGUAAGAUGUUAUAUUCUUUCGUUCUUUUCGUUUAUCCUCGUCAGAUGUAACGAUCGUUUUGGCUGUUCUAAAGAGAUUUAGGGAUAGACAGAUUUUUGCAUUGAAUAGAUGUGUUGAAUCGAAGUCGAUAUAACAAUUUGAGUGUGUUGGUUUUCGAUAGAUGGUUAGAUUUAGAGCUCCAUCUAGAUUUUUUUUUAACUAAGCAAUCUAAAAACGGUAGCUCACCUUAUUCAUUUUUAUCCUCGUUCGUAAAUUUGAUGUGAGAUGAGAGUUCAUCAAUCAGUAUAGCUGUAACAGUGUUCAACAUAUGCCAAGUUUUAGUUCUAUUAGAGAACGUAGGAAGUCUUAUUAGCGGAGCAGAUUCUUAGUGACUAAAGUACUGACAUUUUAACCAACAAGUUUAUAUAUAAGUAUGAGGAUUUGUGGAGAAUUUAGUAUUUUCACUGUUCGGAUCACGAUCUGAUUUAAGUUGGACCACCACUGAAAACCUGGAAGCAGUGGACGGCCGUUUCGUUUUAGUAUGAGAGUCUUCAGCAGUGCGUAUCCACGAUCAGUAGUCUAGGGUUUGAGCGUUCUCUCUCUGGAUCGAUAUUCCUGCGUUCGAAUCUCGCGUGCGCGGUUGCAGAUGUGUCAUUUUUGACGAGUCUCACACUAGGACGAAACGACCAUGCAGUGCUUCCAGGUUUUCAAUGAUGAGUUGGCUUAGAUUGGUUCGUGAUUUCAACUGUGAAAGUUAAGAAGAUAACAUAAGAAAAGCGAAUAUAAUACUGUUGAUACAAUUUUCAAGUUACAGCAUCUAUAACGAUAGUUUAUAACAACCAGUUCAUAUCUUCCUUAAAUCAGGUUCAUAUCGAUCCAUAAUUUGUAUAUCUCCUUCAAUGGUCAGAAUUUAUAUGAUGUUGGCAAGUUUACCAGGAAUCGAAUACAGAAGUAUAUUCUCUUAGGAAUAUGGAAAUGAUUAAUUUUCAUUUAGAAUUACUGAAUGGUAUAAUUAUUCAAAUUAGAUAAAUGACAUUUUCAUAUUGUGUAAAACUAGAAUGGUUACAUAAUAUCAGCGCACUUACAAAGAAUAAUUGAGUUUCUAUAUAAUGUGUGUGAAUGGCUUGUAAACUAUAAUAUUGAUUUUAUUAUGCUUUAUUUAUUACUCUUUUCAUGUUUUUUUUUUCUUUUCAGGUUUAUAAUAUAUUACCAAGGCGUCGGAUUCGAUCGCUUCUACCAUUCUUGUUAAUCUUGUUCAUGGUUUUAAUGUUUCUUAGACAACUUUCAAUUUUUUUUCAAUCUGACAUGGUACCGAUUUCAAUCAAUUUUAAUCAAUCUGGUCUAGAUUGGAAUAUUCAAUUGGAUAAUAUCAAAUCAACUUCAGAUGAUUCGACAUUAAAUUUGAGUUAUCGAGUACAUGGAUUCUAUUAUGCAUGGUAUGAUGCUCCACAAAAAUUAUCAAAUCAAAAUUCAUUGAAUAAUAAUGAUAAUAACUGGUCACAUUGGAAUCAUCAACGCUUGAAACAUUGGAAUGCUAAAGUUGCUAUUGGUUAUUCAACGGAACCUCAUUAUCCACCAUAUUUAUUAGCAUCAUCUUUCUAUCCAAAAUUAGGUCCAUAUUCAUCAAAAGAUUUGAAUAUUAUUCAUAUUCAUAUGGAAAUGAUUAGAUUUGCUGGAAUCGGUGUCUUAGUCGUGUCAUGGUAUCCAAAGGGUAUGUCUGAUGAUAAUGGAAAACCUGUGGAUGAUAUAAUAUUCCCACUAUUAAACAUAGCUAAUAAAUAUGGUAUAAAAAUUUGUCUACAUUUGGAACCAUAUAAAAAUCGUGAUGUCAGUACAAUCGUUUCAGAUUUAAAGUAUAUUUAUGAAAAAGGAUACACUUCUCAUCCAGCUUAUUAUCAUGUUUCUGCUAAUCAAUAUGACGAUGGUAAAUUAUUACCUGUAGUGUAUGUGUAUGAUUCUUAUAUAAUAAAACCAUCAGAAUGGAAGAAAAUUCUUCAACCAAAUGAUGAAGAAACAACUAUACGAAAUAAAAUGUAUAAUGUACAUAUGAUUGGUUUAUUACUUGAAACUAAUGAUUGUAGAAUAUUGUAUGAAUCAGGAUUUAAUGGUGGUUAUACAUAUUUUGUUGGUCAUGGAAUAUCAAAAGCCAGUUCCCCAGAUACAUGGAUAGAUUUAUCAAACGAAUGUACAAAGUAUAAUUUAACAUUCUAUCCUAGUAUUGGUCCAGGUUAUCAUGAUCUAUCUGUACGUCCAUGGAAUACUGCAGCUAUUCAAUUACGUGAAUUUGGUUCAAGAUAUAUUGAAGUAUUUCAUAAAGCAAUGAAUAUUCAAUUAACUGGUAUAAGUAUUGUAUCAUUUAAUGAAUGGCAUGAAGGUACACAAAUUGAAUCCUCUAUACCAUUUGAAUGGAGGAAUUAUUUUAAAAAAUCAAAAGUGUAUAUGAAUUAUUUACCAUAUUCACCAGAAUUUUAUUUACGUUUAACACGUUUAAUGAUAAAUCAAUUUGAGAAUUUUACUAGUUUACCAAGAAAAUUUAAUCAAACAGAUGACAAUGAAUUACAAUGGUUGUAUACAUUAAUAAAUAAAAUUAAAAAAUCGCAUAGUGACAAAGGUAUGUAGUAAACAAGACCAUUGUGUUAUAGUAUUGAUAUUUGAGAUAAUGGAGAAGAUUUGUAGCUCAGGUGGAUGAUUUUGAUAGAGUUUCAUUCUUCUGAACGAUGAAAGCUCCACAACUAAACCAUCCAGCUCAGAGAACAAAACUCCACCAAAAGUAUUGAUAUUAUAAAUAUUUUCUUUUAUACUUUGUAUUACUUAAAUAAGUAGUGUAAACAUCCAUUUGUAAAAUACAUAUCGUUGUUUUUGUUAUGA